AUGACAAGGUACAAUAAUUUCAUGCAAGACGAAGGAGACAAAGAAAAACCUCCUCCUGCUGAACCAGAGCUGGCAUCAGAAUUUAGAUAUGAGAUAACACAGAAAGAGUGGGAGAACUUAUAUGUUGAAGUGUUGUACACAAUCAGACACAAGUUGGGUGCGAACAGCAGCAGCUAUGAAUCAUACACUGAAGAUAUGUAUGAGUAUGCCAGAGAAACCUUUUAUAUGAGUCAAGAAGAACAUGCGAAAUUCAUGGCAAUUGCUGAAGAAGAAAAGCCUCCUAUUUCCGUGCUGAAUGUGACGGUGAUGGAAGCACGUGGUCUAGAAGCUAAAGAUCCUAAUGGUUUCAGUGAUCCUUAUUGUAUGCUGGGCAUCCAAACUGACCCGGAUCGUGACAGCCGACGUCGUUCAGAUGGAGACGAAGAAGGCAGCCAUCGCCGCAGCCUUAAGAGAUUUGGUGCAUCCUUUAAAAGGAAGGAUAAAAGGGAUAGAAGUAACAGUGAUGUAUUACCGGCCAAGUUUAUUCGGACAACCACAGUGAAGAAAGCUACAUUAAAUCCCAGAUGGAGAGAGAAAUUCCGAUUGGACAUUGACGAUGCUAGGUCCGAUCGUUUGCAUCUGGACAUUUGGGAUCAUGAUGAUGAAACAUCAGUAUUUGAUGCAGCUAGACGGUUGAAUGAAGUGUCAAACUUGAAAGGCCUUGGUCGCUACUUCAAAGAAGUUGCUCAGUCUGCACGAACAAGCAUUGGUGACAACGUUGAUGAUUUUCUUGGGUGCGUAAAUAUACCACUGGAGGAAAUUCCUGCAGCGGGAAUCAAUAGAUGGUUCCCACUUCACGGACGUAGUCAGCGGUCAAAUGUUCAAGGUCAAAUCCAUUUGAAACUUCAGUUAGGGACUCGAGAAGACAGGGGAUUGGCUACUGGAGACGAUAAUUGGCGGGAAGUUAUGGAACAUCAGCAGCUUAUUUUUGUAUUCAUUAGCCAUGAAAUUAAAGUCUUCAAGGGUCCCGUAUACAAAUGGCCAGGGGAUUUGCCUCAGCAGGCGUUGACCAUUUUACAUCAACAUGCCAUUCAAGGUGACAUUACUGAACUUCAACAGUCAGUGUGUCAGUGGGUGUCUUAUUUUCGAAAACAUCAAGAAGAUAUUCUGGACUAUUCUCUCAUGUUUCAGCAUUUGGAGGAAUUGGCAACGAAUUAUGACAAAAAUGAAGAAGCUCUGUCGAUGGAUGAAGAAAGUGUCAUGUCGGAUACCUUCAAGUUAUUUGCAGACCAUUGCAUUAGCCUCUUGCGUCAUCAUCGCCGACUCUUUCCUGCAUUCAAUUACAAUGCUGGACACAAAUUGAAGUUCAUGUUGAAAUGUCUGAACUACUUGUAUUCAAUGGCAGCUUUCAAGACCAGUUUUCCAUUCCGCAAUGAUCUUCACGUUGAAAUUACUAAUGCAUUGAAGAAAGGAACAUUAGAAUGGAUGCGUGAUACUAAGUAUCGUGUUCGGAAAGAAAUGAUUGCUGAAGAAGUGUGCCGAAUAUUUGGAAGAGAGGCUGUGCGAGAAAUUCAUUUCAUCCAGCGAAAUCAGCAUCUGAAUGAAACUGCGCAUAAUCGAGUUCAUCUGAACAAAUUCUUCUCAACUUUGAUUGAAACUGAUGUUUUUGAACUCUUCCUUGUGCUUCAAGAAUUUAAUCGGUAUAAAGAUUGUCUUCCGGAAGAUGAACGCAUGACUUUAUUCAUAGCCAGCAGCCAUUUGUGGUUUAUAGAUGCGAUUGACACCUGGUUUGCUUAUGCUAAAUGCAAAGUGAGAGGACAAAUUUACAUUUCUUUAGAGCGUGAUAAGAUGGAAAAUCCAGACAAGUCUUUGAAAUGCAGCGUGUCAGCUAUAGAUACAGUAUUAUCGUUCAUCCAGAUGAGAGAAUUUUGGAACCAACUGUGCUGGCCCGUAAAAGCAACCAGUUUUCCAUACUUGCAUACAAUUACACAAAAAUUGAGCCCAACGCACAAGCAAGAAUCUUCUGGGCAUGAGAACUCAGCUCCUACUACAGUAGGCGGUGUCAUCUUGUACACAAACUUAUCUUGGAAGCGUUUGAAAGGAGACAGCACUUGCUUCAAUAGCAGUGGAAAUUUAGAAUUAUCGAACAAGCCCUCUAGUAUUAAGGAAAAUCUAGAUUAUAAGCCUACAUCUGAACCUUACUUAUCGAAAGGUAGUGAAACUGAAAAUAUGCUGUACUUUGUGCUUUUAUAUGUGAACAAUAUGGAUCAUGUCUUAAGCGGUCUUAAUACCUUGAAAAAAGAUUUGGAUUUUGAAGGCGUUAUAGAAGAAAUAAUCCAUCGAGAUGGUCAGACCGUUGCAGAUGAAUGCAGAGCAAUGGUGGAUACAAUGGUUACUGAAGCGGCUGAUCACGUUCACACAAUGAUUGAAAGCGUCUUAAACAACAUUGCCGAUCAAAUGAAACCACCGAUAAGGAAGCUAAUUUUCCACAUGGCUUGGGCUCCAGAGAAACUAGAGCCAGAGAAGUGUAUUGCUCCUCUCUUGGAUUUCCUAGAGAAAAGUUUUUCCCAGAUGAAUACAAGCUUUCUCAACGAUAAUUUUCAGAGAUUAUUGCAAGCUGUAUGGAGACAGGUUCUUGCUGAAAUUUCGUACAUGUCCAAAUCGAAUGUUGGGAAAGAAAGAUGCUCUUUCUUCCUACGCCUUCAUACUUGUUUGCGCAUGCUUGUUGAUUUCUUUCAUAAGAAUGGAACCAUUCUUCAUAUUGAACAUGUACAAAAUUCCCUCUACCAAGAACUUGAAAAAGAUCUGAGACUGCAUAAAUCUACGACCUUAAAUUUGGUAGAGAUGUAUUAUCUUCAGAGAAUGAAUGACCAAGUCCAAUUGACAGCUACUAAAUUUGGCUGUUUGUCUGUGAAUGCUUAUUACGAUGACUCGAAGGAAGCGAUUUGUAUUCAAGUUAUCAGUGCCAAUAACCUCCUGCCGUGCGACCCGAAUGGUCUUAGCGAUCCGUUCGUAAUUAUAGAGCUUGUUCCGAAACAUUUGUUUCCAAACGCAAGCCCACAUAGGACCAAGACGAUCAUGAAAACACUAACUCCAGUCUUCAAUGAAUACUUCGAAUGGAAACUCGAGAAGGAAAAGGUGGAAAACAGCAUCGGUGCUAUAAACUUUAUCGUCAUGGAUUACGAUUACAUGAGGCCGAAUGAUUUUGAAGGGGAAGCAUACAUCCCUUUGAGUUUACUACCAGGUUGUAGCUCACAACGUGUUCCUGCACCCGUGACUCUUCUUCUUAUGUCUCCGAACCCAAAAAAGAUUAUUCAGGAGGAAGAGCCCCCGAACACCCCGCCAUCUAACAACCCCGAAGAUCGUCUGAGUAGCAAUUUUGAAUCUCCAAUAUCAAUAAAGAAUGACGAAAAUUGUGUUUUUAAAGCUACAAUUCUGCUAGUUUUAAGAGGAUGA